AAUGGUUCAAUCACUUCAAUGUUUCAUCAUAAGCCGCAAGACGGACAAACACAUUUAAACAAAGCAAAAUUUCAGAGAGUCACAGUGGUCAAUAUUUCUAUACCUAGACUGGACAAAAUUGAAAUAUGGCGUCUAGGCUCGUAACUGUUGACGAAGUUAGCAGAUUUGUUCAACGAUGCAUGUGUAGUGUUGGAACCAAUUCUGAUCACGCAAGACAGCUUGCGGAGCUACUAGUUGCUGCUGAUUGUAGAGGUCACUUCAGUCAUGGUUUGAAUAGAUUAGGAAUGUAUGUACGUGACAUUAAAUCAGGAACAACACUGGCCGAUGGUCAACCAGCUAUCGAUAAAGAAACUGUUUCAACUGCCUUAGUGAAUGCUAAUAAUAUAUUAGGUCCAGUAAGCAGUUAUUUUUGUAUGGAUCUUGCAAUGAAGAAAGCUAAGGAAACUGGGAUAGGAUGGGUGUCAUGUCAUGGGGCAAAUCACUUUGGCAUUGCAGGUUAUUAUAGUAUGAUGGCAGCAAAACAAGGUUUAAUUGGAAUGGCGUUUACUAAUACUUCUCCACUUAUGGUCCCAACAAGAGCAAAAACGACCACACUGGGAACAAACGCAUUAUCAGUGGCAGCAACUGGCAAGAACGAAAAUGAUAUGUUUGUUUUAGAUAUGGCUACUACAUCUGCAGCAGUUGGAAAGAUCGAAAUGUGCAAUCGCAAAAACGAAGAAUUACCCAAUGGCUGGGCAGUGGAUGAAGAUGGAAAGGAAACUAACGAUGGUCGGAAAGCGAUGAAUGAUGGCGGACUGAUGCCUCUUGGUGGUGGGGAGAAGACAAGUGGUUAUAAAGGUUAUGGUUUGGGUUUUAUGGUCGAAUUAUUUUGUGGUAUAAUGUCUGGUAGUGCUUUUGGUCCAAAUGUAAGAAGAUGGGACAAAAGUGACGUUGUCGCUGAUUUAGGCCAAUGUUUUGUCGCUAUAGAUCCAAGUGUUUUUGCUCCAGGCUUUGAAGACCGUUUAAGUUCUUUGAUGAAUUACUGUCGUACUUUGGAACCGGCGGCUGGUGAGUCUGAAGUGUUAGUUGCUGGAGAUCCUGAGAGAAAAAAAAUAUCUGACGUCAAAGAGAAUGGUGGGAUACAAUAUCAUGUAAAUUUACUGAAGUCAUUGGAUGAAAUGGCGGACAAAUUGCAAGUGGAUCGUAUGAAAUGUUUAUAAUCUACAACGUCCAUAUAUAGACUGCUUUUACUCUUCUCAUAUACUUGGCUGAUAUAACCGCGACUCAGUGCUGCUUGACAAUUAUUGAACGAAUUUUGGAUGAAUUGGUAUCCUUUUGAAGGUCAUCACGUGUAUUACAACGCUGGCACGACUUAACGAUGGAAACUUUGCAGUAAUAAAAAUAUUUAGGGCUGUUUACAAGCAUGACCUCGCGCAUAUGACAGUGCCAGAGAGUGCGAUGUUUUUAGUGAGAUAACACGACAAUGUUAAAUCAAUGUUCUGGCAAUCGUGUAAUCAGCCUGACAAUAGCAUGUGCCUGUUUGGUGUCAUAAGAACUUAUUUCUUUACCUCAAAGUCAUAUUACGCUUCGUUAAAUAUCGGGUAACUGGUCUCAUGCAUGUAAACUGCCUUUUAAUUAAAAUCCUAAAACCAUGAAUGCAUGCUAACCUUGCUAUACUGCCCCCCCGCCCUCACAUUUCUAAUUUAUAUAGAUAUCGUAGUUUAUUAGAAUGUACGAAAUUACCCUAAUAUAAAACCCAUAAAAUUUUAAUAGAUAGAGCUAAAGAACGACCUUUCGUAACUAGUGAAUAUGCAGUAACGGUAGUGUAUACCUUCAAAGUAUAGUAAUAAUAAUAAAAUCAAUAGUUUGACAUAGAUAUAUGGGAUAAUUUAUUAA